AUGAAAGAAGAAAGCAAGUAUUUAAAAGAUAAUAUAUCUGAUGUAAAAAUACCGAUUAUUAAUAAUAUGGAAAAUAAAAAUGGGAAUAAUAAAAUUAGAUAUAUUAUUAUUAUUUUAUCAUCUAUUCAAAUAUUUUUAAGCUCAGGAAUUAUAUUAGGUUGGCCAUCACUUGCUAAUAUGAUUAAAAGUGAAAAUAUUUUUAAAUUCUCACGUGAAGAUCCUGCAAUACCUAGUUUAACAGAAGAAGUAUAUUUAGCAAAAAUGAUGAAUUUAUCUUUAUCACGGCAAAUGUUUUCAACUAUAUUUUUAGGAUUCCUUAUUGAUUAUUUUGGUCCAAAAUUUAUUGGUAUUUGUCAACUUAUAACAACUAUUGGUACUACUUUAAUUUUAAUUCCAAAGAGAGAUUAUGUCACUAUAAAUUUUUUUUGUACUGGGAUAAUAUUACAGAAUCUAUGUGGUUGUAUUUAUAUUCCAUCAUUUAUACAUAUGUCAAAUUUAUUUCCUUCUAAUAAAGCAAUGAUUAUAUCUACACUUUCAACUUUAUAUGGAUUUUCAUCUUGUGUAUUUUUAAUAAUGCAGUUUCUUUAUGAUUAUUUUUCAAUAAGAUUUAAUUAUUUAAUAGGUACUUUAGCACUUCUACAAGGUUUAUUUAUAAUAUUUUCUUUUAUGUUGCCAUCUGAAACAUUUGAAGAAGGAGAUGAUUGUGAUUUUUCACUUAUUAAAGGUGGUUUUUAUAAAAUAAAAAAGAAUAUUAUUAUUAAUAACGAAAUAAAUGAUAGUUUUAUGUCUAAAUUAAAAUUAUUAAUAACAAAUACAAAAAUACUUAUAAAUAAUAUAUUUUCAAAGCUAUUUUUAUUUCAAUUUAUGUUAGGUGUAUUUACUCUUAUAUCGGUCAAUUUUUAUCUUUCAACUAUAUCUUUACAAAUAGAAGAAUUAUCACAUUUACCAAAAGGUGAACUUCGUCAUAAUCAAGGAUAUUUUUGGUCUACAAUAUUAACUUUUAUAGCUCCAUUUGGUUCUCUAAUUGGUGUAUAUCAGGGUUAUCUUAUUGAUAAAUAUGGUUUAGCAUUAUCAUCAUUUGUUCCAUGUAUAUUAUUAAUAUCUUGUUCAUUACUUAAAUUGAUUCCAUAUAUUCCAAUACAAAUUUUAACAUUUGUUACUUAUACAACAAGUCAAGAGGCAAUAUUUGGUACAAUUUAUUCCCUUAUUGCAUUUAAUAUUCCAAGUAAUAUUAUUUGUAAAUUUUCAAGUAUUAAUCUUUUACUUCAAUCUUAUCCAGGAGAAUAUUUUCCUAAUUUAUUAGUAUCUUUAUUUUCUGAAAAUAAAUGGACAUUUUUCCAAAUUAAUUUACUUCUUGUAUUCCCUACAUUUAUUAUUACUAUAUUAUUUAUAACUUAUUUAUAUUGUAGAGAAGAAAAUAAGAUUAUUCAAAAUCAAAUCUAUGAAAGAGUAGAUUUAGUUUAA